AUGGAUUUGGUUCACUCAUUGGGCGAGCGUCUGCUCUUCGCCAUUCCCAAGAAGGGCCGCCUCCAACUUGCCGCGCUCGACCUGCUGAGCGGCGCCGACAUCCAGUUCCGCCGCGAGAACCGCCUCGACAUUGCCCUCGUCAAGAACCUGCCGAUUGCUCUCGUGUUCCUGCCUGCUGCCGACAUCCCGACGUUUGUGGGUGAGGGCCAGUGCGACCUCGGCAUUACGGGUCUGGACCAGGUCCAGGAGCACGACGCCGGCGUGCGCGCCGUGGCCCGUGCGCGGACACUGUCCGUCGACACGGGCGCGCUCUCAGAUGCGGCGGCGGCGGCUGCUGCCGCUGCCGUCGCCGACGGCACAGCAACACCAGCGAGCAAACCCAAGGGCUGCGAGACGGUCAUGGAGCUGGGCUUUGGCGCGUGCAAGCUGCAGGUGCAGGUGCCGGAGAAGGGCAGCUACGCCGAGCCCAAGGACCUGAUUGGCAAGAACAUUGGCACCAGCUUUGUGCACCUCGCCGAGGAGUACUUUGCGCGCCUGGAGCAGGAGCAGGACCAGGACGGCAAGGCCGUGACGCCGCGCAAGCUGCGGACCAAGAUCAUCGAGCUGAGCGGCAGUGUUGAGGCGGCCUGUGCAUUGGGCGUCGCCGACGGCAUUGUCGAUCUGGUUGAGUCGGGCGAGACAAUGCGGGCGGCCGGCCUCAAGCCGAUCGACACCGUGGUCGAAUCGUCGGCGAUCCUGAUCAAGUCCAAGUCGCCGAGCAACCCGGAGCUGGUCGAGCUGAUUGCGUCGCGCAUCGGCGGUGUCAUCACGGCGCAAAAGUUCGUCCUGUGCCAGUACAACAUCCCGCGCGACCGCCUGCACGAUGCUACUGCCAUCACGCCCGGCAAGCGCGCGCCGACGGUGACGGCGCUCGACGCGGCCAACUGGGUGGCCGUCAGCGCCAUGGUGGAGAAGAAGAAGAUUGCGACGGUGAUGGACAACCUUGUCAAGGUUGGUGCGACGGACAUUCUCGUGCUCUCCAUCCAGAACACGCGCAACAGCUAG